AUGGACCGUGGAUCGGCAGCCCAAAACUCCCACCUGGUGGAGGAGGUGUUCCGUGACAUCAAGGGCCGGCGAGUCGCCAUCAUCAGGGCGCUCACCACCAAUUUCGAGGACUUCUAUCAACAAUGCGAUCUCGAGGGUUUUGCAUAUCUCAUUUCGCCUACUUUGCAGUCUAUGGCUUAUGGAAGGGGACAGAUCCCUACUGGCAUGCCAAUGGUGCCCAUGGUCUUACCCGAUGGACGACUUGGAUAUGUGCUGCAACAGCCUGAAGCACCUGUCUCAAGACCGCAGCAUGGGGGAAAAUAUAGUGGCAGCUCAAGUGGAGGUCAGAACAAUGACAGUGGAUGUGGACGCAGAUAUAAGCCAUACUAA